AUGGUUGCCAUCAACAAGAUUUUCUGUGCGUCCCUGCUCGUUGCCGGCCCAGCAUUUGCUGCUGCCUUGCCUGAAGCCCAGGCCCAAGCCGACCUCUCCAAAUACAAGGAUAAGCUCGGAAAAUUGAAGGAGAAGUUUAAGGGCGGCAAAGACGAGGACUGCGACAGCUCCACUAAGACCACCCUGGAGACCUCUACCACGUCUGACUGCGACACUGCCACCAAGACCACCGAGAUCAUCACCUCCACCUCGUCCUCGUCCUCCGACUGCGACACCGCAACCAAGACGACUGAGUCCCUCAAAUUCAAGAAGGUGCCUCACGUCGGCGGCCUCACUCCGUACUUGCUGCUCGGUUACGCCCCAAGUCUCGCUCUCUGGGGAGGUGCCACUGUUGCUGCCAUCUUCACCUUUACCGAGCACUGGCCAUUGUUCCAGGACACUUUCUACAAGAAACUUCCAGUCAUGGGUAAGCUCUGGAUCAAGGAUGUCGACCCACAGGACUUGCCACAGUGA